UCGUGAAUGUCAAGAACAACUCUUCAACAAUAAUGGAAGGAUAACAAAAAUAAAUGAAUGAACAAGGAAGGGGAAAGUAAAGAGGCGGUUUGUCAUUGAAGACUUCCCGAAACCCAAACUAACCCUUCCAAUUCCAAUCCAAGGGUGCGAGGAGAGCUGCUAGCCGCCGCCGCCGCCGCCACCGCCGCAGCCGCCAUGUCGGGAGGAAUCGCGCGCGGCCGCCUCGCCGAGGAGCGUAAGGCUUGGCGCAAGAACCACCCCCACGGUUUCGUGGCGAGGCCGGAGACGCUAGCCGACGGGUCGGCGAACCUCAUGGUCUGGAACUGUACCAUCCCCGGCAAGCAGGGGACUGAUUGGGAAAGUGGGUACUACCCACUUACCCUUCAUUUCAGUGAAGACUACCCAAGCAAGCCUCCCAAAUGCAAGUUCCCACAGGGUUUUUUCCACCCAAAUGUUUAUCCUUCAGGAACAGUCUGCCUCUCAAUUCUCAAUGAGGAUAGCGGUUGGAGACCUGCUAUCACUGUUAAGCAGAUUCUAGUUGGAAUACAGGACUUGCUUGAUCAGCCCAAUCCUGCUGAUCCUGCUCAGACUGAUGGUUAUCACCUAUUCAUCCAGGAUCCAGCAGAAUACAAGCGACGUGUCCGUCUGCAGGCCAAGCAAUAUCCUGCUCUGGUCUGAGGAUGUUGGCAUACUGAGAGAUCCAUGAUCCAUCCUGCACAUCCACAUAGUAGUCGCAACAUGUUAAAAUUAUUAUGGUCUCGUUUUGGAUUUGACAAGAUAUAAGUUGUCUGGAGGAUUGCCCAGUGUAAACCUGAACCUUUUAUGAUGUGUGGGGGGUCCGGUAUUGGAAGCAAAAACCGAUUCGUUUACUGCUGUAAGUGCUGCAGCCACUGAUAUUAUGUCUACUUAACUUAAACUAUUUGGUGUGUUGGUAGUCUAUCUUGAAGACAAAUGUUAUGUCUGUUAUCAAAGAAGGUUAUCUAAUGUUUUCAAAAAGGGCUAUCUGCA